AUCUUCCUCUAACUACCCCUUUGGAGACGCUCUUACCAUCAGUCUUCCCCGCUCCGCUGGCUACAUAUGAAGAGCACGGACUGAGCCCUCUGCAAAUUGUAUUGAAACCCGCAAAAUCAUUUCCCACAAAUUCUUCUUCCCGUAGCCUCCACAGCCCAUUACCAGCAUAUUGCGUCGCCGGCCUUUCGCCUCCUCGCGUCACCGCCUUCCGUCGCCGACUCCCUGCGUUCCGUCGCCGUCUUCCAUCUCAGGUUGGUCUUCAUUUUUCCUGCUUUAUUAAUGGAUGGUAAUUCAUCAUCAGUACACUUCGUACCGGAAAAUAUUUUUCAGCCAUUGUUGAUUGCUUCAAACUCAUCAACCCCAGAGAAAGCUUUAGAAAUUUUAAUAGAAGCUUCUAGAAACCCAGAUGGUCGCUUGGACCUUGCUUCAAAAAACAUCCUCCCUAUGGUCCUACAGCUCUGUCAAAUUCUGUCUUACCCUUCUUCUAGUCGCAUUCUCUUGUUGUGUCUGAAGCUAUUAAGAAACCUAUGUGCGGGUGAAUUAACCAACCAGAACUCGUUUGUUGAACAUAAUGGAGUAGGAAUUGUAUUGACUGUAUUGGAUUCAGUUAGAGAAUUGGAUUUAGAUUAUGGGUUGAUUCGUAUGGGGUUGCAAGUUCUAGCAAAUGUUUCAUUGGCCGGAGAAAAACAUCAGUGUGCUAUUUGGUAUAAGCUCUUUCCACUUAAGUUUGUUGAGAUUGCUAGUAUGCGGAGAAGGGAGACUUGUGAUCCUUUGUGUAUGGUUAUUUAUACAUGUUGUGAUGGAAGUAAUGGACUGAUUGAUGAGGUUUGUGGAGAUCAAGGUUUGCCUAUCAUGGUGGAAAUUGUACGGACUGCUUCAAUAGUUGGCUUUGGAGAAGAUUGGAUUAAAUUGCUUUUGUCAAGAAUCUGCUUAGAAGAAAAUCAAUUUCCCCCAUUGUUCCGUAGAUUAUCCCCAGUUGGCGCUUUUGAAAACAUUCAAGAUGUCAACUUUAGGGAUGAUGCUGUUGUGUCGGAACAAGCGUUUCUGUUGAAUAUCGUAUCAAAAAUCUUGAAUGAGCGACUUGGCGAAAUAUCCAUUUCCAAUGAUUUUGCUUUGUCUGUUCUUGGAAUAUUGAAACGAGUUGUUGGGGCUGUUGAUCGUGUGUCUAGAGGGAAGUCUGGUCUACCAACAGGAUCUGUUGUUGUUGAUGUUAUUGGAUAUUCACUCACCAUUUUGAGAGAUAUAUGUGCCCAUGAUGGUGUAGGAGGAGGCUCUAAGGAGGAUGGGUCUGUGGAUGUUGUUAAUUCAUUAUUGUCGUCGGGACUUUUGGAAUUGCUUUUAUGUUUGCUUCGUGAUCUUGAGCCUCCAACAAUAAUUAAAAAAGCAAUGAAACAAAGCGAGGGCCAAGAAGGAACAACUUCAAAUUCAUCAAAGCCCUGUCCUUACAAAGGAUUUCGGUGUGAUAUUGUUGGAAUCAUCGGUAACUGUGCAUAUCAGAGAAGGCAUGUUCAAGAUGAAAUUAGACAGAGAAAUGCUGUGCUUUUGCUAUUGCAACAGUGCGUUACUGAUGAAGAUAACCCAUUCUUGAGAGAGUGGGGCAUUUGGUCAGUGAGAAAUUUAUUGGAAGGGAAUGAAGAAAACCAACAGUUGGUUGCUGAAUUGCAGCAUCAGGGGUCUGUUGAUGUUCCUGAAAUUUCUGGACUUGGUCUCAGAGUAGAGGUGGAUGAGAAAACUCGACGUGCAAAGCUUGUAAAUGUAUCAUGAAGAUAUCCCUGUCCUGAAUCAGAAUUGGCUUUCAUGGAGCUGAUGACCUUGAUUCUUGGGAACUUCGGUUGAACUUGACAAAUAGUUUUUAAACAGUUCACUGCAUGAAGGCAUCAAAUUUUUUUUUUUUCCUGGAAGAUUGAGGGAAAAAGGUACUAAAGAAGCUCCUGUACCAUAUAAGAUACUCAUCGAGUCAUGUUAUAUUAUUCAUUGUGGUCCUAAGAGACUCGAAAGAAUAUUUUUAAGACUUUAAUGUUCUAAGUAAAAUUCAGUUGCAUCUCUAUUCCCCAUUUA